GACUCCGAAGGGAAGAACAUGACAUCAGAGCCUGCCAAGCAGAUUGAGGAGCCAAAUGCACAUGUUCCCAUGCAGGAAGCCACGAGUGCAGAGGCAAAUGAAGACGUUCCCAUGGAGGAAACCACGAGUGAAGUCGCGGGGCCCCACGGGGACCUAUGCCUACAUGGCACCGGAGGUCUACGACAACAACAUCACUCCAAAGGUGGACGUUUGGGCUCUUGGCAUUGUGGCUUACGAGUGUCUCUGUGGGCAUCGGCCAUUUGGAGACUCGCAGUUCGUGGUCGAGUAUGAGAGCCGCCAUGAGCCGAAGCCGGUGGACAUGCGGGCGAUUGAGGAAGCUGGUGCCAGCCAGGCAGCAGUGAAGUUCAUCUCCUGGCUGUUGGAGAAGCAGGAAGCCUGGCGCCCCUCCUCCGAUGAGGCCCAAAAGGAAAUGAACUGGCCAGAAGUGACUGGGCCAGAUGGCAACGUCACCUCGCUCAUCGGCUUCAGCAAGAAGAGUACCUUUUCCAAGGCAGUGUACUUGUGCGCAGCCAGUCAGAUGGAUACCUCCAGCUUGGACGGACUCAACGACCUCUUCAAGAAGCUGGAUGUCGAUCGAAACGGCAAGCUGUCAAUGCAGGAGUUCAAGGAAGGGCUCAGGCAAGUGUUGGAUCCUGAUUCCAUCGAAGCGCUUGUGGACGCCCUUGAUAUGGAUCACAGUGGAAGCGCAGACUAUUCUGAAUUUAUUGCUGGAUGUUUGGAUGCCCAUACCGAUCUGAUCGAGAGUGCUUUGUCCCACGUCUUCCAUGUCUUCGACGUGAACGGGGAUGGAAAGAUAUCUCUGAAAGAGCUGUCAUCCAUCCUGAAAACAGAUGGCUCCCUGUCCAUUGUUCUUCCUGAAGGGAAAACCGUUGAAGAAUUCAUGAAAGAAAUUGAUCGCUCGCAAGAUGGCUUCAUCAGCUUUGAAGAGCUCAAAGAAUUCUUGCAAAAGGAGGCAGCGGCUUCGGGCCCUGUCCAGAAGCUCCCAGUCCAGGAUCUUUCAGUUGAUCGCGGCCGCCCCAGCCAGGUGCGGCCGUCGGCCGCGGUGCCCGGGCCGGCCUCUACGGGCGGCACUGCAUCAGGAGCUUUGUCUGCGGAUGUGGUGUCUCAUAUGAAACGCUGCUUGGACUUGUCGGGAAAAAAUGCAUCCCUCCUACAGGACCUCACGCAGGCCCUGGCUGUCCCGCCCUGCGUGAAGCCUUUGCAGGGUGACACCGCUGAUCUCACCACAGACGGUCGAGUGCCCACGGAGAUUCUUUUGGCUGCCACGCGCCUCUCCGAUGAUUGCUUGCAUGGGAUUAAAGAGAGCCGCGUGACCCCCCGAUCCUUCAGCUUACCCUCACGCAGGGCGAUUAGUCGCCAGAAGCUCCCCGACAGCUGCCAAGGCACUCCGAGCCGCAGCCGCGUCAUGCCACGGCCAAGCCCCAAAGCGACGCCAAGCCCCAAUGCCACGCCGGCUCGGCCGAGCGUGGACUCCGUGGAAUUGAAGCUCGAGUUGGCAGGCCUCAGGUGCGUGUGGUAUUGGGGCGUGUCGGUGGUGGGCAUGACGGGGAAUGGUGUCAAAGAAGUUGAAAAAGAACACUCCCGGGGGAGUGCGGGCCUGAGGCACCAGAGUCAGGGCUGAAGGUGGCGCUGACUUGCCAGGGGGUCUGUACUCGACACUCUUAUGCUCUUAGGGAGGGGGCACGCAUGGACAAACACAUUUUUGGCUGCCGAGGCGGGCGCGAGCUGCAACUUCACAAUUUAGCGCUCGUCGCAAGCCACAGCGUUGGCAACCCUGAGCCACUGAGAAGGUCCAUCGCCAGUUCCAUCGCCAAUACUG